AGUUGAAGAAGGACUUGCAGAGCACGAAACACUCUGCGGUCCUGUAGUGUAAACGAAAUAUACUAUCGUACUCACGUCGGAUUCACUGUCGUUUCUUCGUUCUUCAAUGGAUCGUUUGGCUAGGUCAGCUCGAGCGUGGCAUUGGUAUUGGCGUCCUUUUUCCUCUUUUCAAACCCUAACUUCUCGAUCCUUACUUCUUUCUACCCAUCCCAAAUCUGCGUCUUCUCGGUUUUCCUCUUCCGAUGUUUCGAUGUCUAGAGUCUUGCCCGAGGAUUAUUCAUGGCUUCCGGUCUUCUUUGCUGCUGCUUUUGGAUCUGGAUUGGUGGGAGAGGCUUAUGCGGAUAAUGCUACUGUGGAUGUCCAAGAAAGAGCCAAGAAGGAACGCGAGCGAAUUGAGGCGUUGAUUAGAAGUAGAGGAAUUCGAUACGGUUCUUAUCGUUCAUUCUCUGUUGCCGUUAAAGGCCAAAAGGUUGGUACACAUUGUUAUCCAGCAAUUUGAGAGCGAUUGCA